AUGCACGUGAAAACGAACGAUAAGGUCAUCGUCAUCGCCGGCGCGGAUAAAGGGAAAGUGACCGAAGUCGUCGAGGUGUUUACGAAGAAUGGGCAAAUUUUGUGCAAAGACGUGAACAUCAAGACGAAACAUGUGAAGCCGAGAAACGAAGGCGAGAGCGGGAGUAUUAUUCAAAGAGAGUUUCCAAUUCAUCACUCGAACGUGAUGCAUUACUCCGCGGCGGAGAAGAAGAGAUCGAGAGUUGGUAAAAAGAUGGAGGGCGACAAAAAAGUGCGCGUGUUGAAAGCGACUGGGGAGGUGUUGGCAAACUAA